GGCGCGCUGGACAAUGAGCCGGGCGGCGCGGCGCAGCGGCCGCCUUUAGAGGGGGCGCGGGCGGGAGCGUCGGCGGCGCAGCGGCCCCACCUGCUAGCGGAGGGCGGGAUGCCAGGGCCAGGUGUCCCGGCGCUUUAAGGACUCUCGCCGGCAGCCGGCCUCUCGCGUUUCCUGCUGGGCUGCCUGGAACGAGUCGUGCCGGGGGAACAGCCGAGAUGGCUAGCACCAGGAGUAUCGAGCUGGAGCACUUCGAGGAGCGGGACAAAAGGCCGCGGCCGGGGUCUCGGAGAGGGGCGCCCAGCUCUUCUGGGGGCAGCAGCAGCUCGGGCCCCAAAGGGAACGGGCUCAUCCCCAGCCCGGCACACAGUGCUCACUGCAGCUUCUAUCGCACGCGGACCCUGCAGGCCCUGAGCUCGGAGAAGAAGGCCAAGAAGGCGCGUUUCUACCGGAAUGGGGACCGCUACUUCAAGGGCCUGGUGUUUGCUAUCUCUAGCGACCGUUUCCGGUCCUUCGAUGCGCUCCUCAUGGAGCUCACCCGCUCCCUUUCAGAUAACGUGAACCUACCCCAGGGGGUCCGCACCAUCUACACCAUCGAUGGCAGCCGGAAGAUCACCAGCUUGGACGAGCUGCUGGAAGGUGAAAGCUACGUGUGUGCAUCCAAUGAACCAUUUCGUAAAGUUGAUUACACCAAAAAUGUUAACCCCAACUGGUCUGUGAACAUCAAGGGCGGGACAAGUAGGGCCUUGGCAGCCACCUCCUCUGUGAAAAGUGAAGUGAAGGAAAGUAAAGAUUUCAUCAAACCUAAACUAGUAACUGUGAUUCGAAGUGGAGUGAAGCCUAGAAAAGCUGUGCGGAUCCUUCUGAAUAAAAAGACCGCUCAUUCCUUUGAACAAGUCUUAACAGAUAUCACCGAAGCCAUUAAACUAGACUCAGGAGUGGUCAAGAGGCUCUGCACCCUGGACGGGAAGCAGGUCACUUGUCUGCAAGAUUUUUUUGGUGAUGAUGACGUAUUUAUUGCAUGUGGACCUGAAAAAUUCCGUUACGCACAAGAUGACUUUGUCCUGGACCACAGUGAAUGUCGGGUCCUGAAGUCAUCUUACUCACGAUCCUCAGCUGCUAAGUACUCUGGAUCCAAGAGCCCUGGGCCCUCACGUCGCAGCAAAUCUCCAGCUUCAGUAAAGAGGGCUGGCCACUACUCCAGUGCCUAUUCUGCAGCCAAGUCCCCAGUGAAUGGGACUCCCAGCAGCCAACUCUCCACUCCAAAAUCCACAAAAUCCUCCAGCUCUUCUCCGACCAGCCCAGGAAGUUUCAGGGGGUUAAAGCAAAUUUCUGCUCCCGGCAGGUCUUCUUCCAAUGUCAAUGGUGGCCCUGAGCUUGCCCGCUGUGUGAGUCCCGAAGGUGUGAAUGGAAACAGGUGCUCUGAAACCUCGGCUCUGCUUGAGAAAUACAAAAUUGGGAAGGUGAUUGGUGACGGCAAUUUUGCAGUAGUCAAGGAGUGUGUGGACAGGUCCACCGGAAAGGAGUUUGCCCUGAAGAUUAUCGACAAAGCCAAGUGCUGCGGAAAGGAACACCUGAUUGAGAAUGAAGUGUCAAUUCUACGCCGGGUGAAACACCCCAAUAUCAUAAUGCUGGUGGAGGAGAUGGAAACAGCAACUGAGCUAUUCCUGGUGAUGGAAUUGGUGAAAGGUGGUGAUCUCUUUGAUGCAAUUACUUCUUCAACCAAGUACACCGAGAGAGAUGGCAGUGCCAUGGUGUACAACCUGGCCAACGCCCUCAGGUAUCUCCACAGCCUCAGCAUCGUGCACAGAGACAUCAAGCCAGAAAACCUCUUGGUGUGUGAGUAUCCUGACGGCACCAAGUCCCUGAAGCUGGGCGACUUUGGGCUGGCCACCGUGGUGGAAGGCCCUUUGUACACAGUCUGCGGCACCCCAACCUACGUGGCUCCGGAGAUCAUUGCGGAAACCGGCUAUGGCCUGAAAGUGGACAUUUGGGCAGCCGGCGUGAUCACCUAUAUUCUGCUCUGUGGGUUCCCACCGUUCCGAAGCGAGAACAAUCUCCAGGAAGAUCUCUUCGAGCAGAUCUUGGCUGGCAAGCUGGAGUUUCCAGCGCCGUACUGGGAUAACAUCACAGACUCAGCCAAGGAACUGAUCAGUCAGAUGCUUCAGGUAAACGUUGAAGCUCGGUGUACUGCGGGACAAAUCCUGAGUCACCCCUGGGUGUCAGAUGAUGCCUCCCAGGAGAAUAACAUGCAAGCUGAGGUAACAGGUAAACUAAAACAGCACUUUAAUAAUGCGCUCCCCAAACAGAACAGCACCACCACCGGGGUCUCCGUUAUCAUGAACACGGCUCUAGAUAAGGAGGGGCAGAUUUUCGGCAGCAAGCACUUGUGUCAAGAGAGCGGCAGCAGCGGCAGACCUGGGCCGGAGCAGGUCUCUCCGACCCGCUCCUCGGCCGAGCAGCCCUCAGUGUCCGGAGCGGCAGCCCCGGCCCCUGCGCCAUCGCCGGCCGCUGCGGGCUGUGAGCGGGCAGGGACCUGGCGUCGCCAUCGAGACUGAGGCUUGGCCAGGAAGCCGCCUUCCCCCUCGCUGCGGGAGCCUUGCCCUCCUGGCCGCCGGCUGGUCCGUCUGCUGGCACUGGCUGCUGCCCUCUCUGCCCGGAAGGCCUGCCGUGCCCCUGUGGCACGGUGUCUUCAGCCGCAAAUCCUAGGAGGGGCUCGUUCUAAAACCUCUGCGUGUCACAUCACUGGACGUCGCGCAGCCUCGCCGGGACAGCGUGCGCCUUGCAUCCCGCACUGACUGCGUUUUUAUAGAACUCUUGUGGGUGAGCCCAGACUCUCUCAUAUUGAAGGAAACGGGGUGCGCGCUGUGGUCACACAAAGGACUUGGAAUUGUGUGCUGCUGCCCUGCCUCUGCAGUGGGAUUCUGGCUGUGGGUCGGGGGAAGGGCACGUCCGAGGCCAGGCCCUGCAGAGGAGCGCACGGUCAUCUCACCUGCGACCACACUGGGUGUUUAUUUGGGCACAGCCCACAGGAUGAG